AUGAUGCGGUUUCUGGAAGGCGCUCGCAUUCUACGGCAGUUUGAUGCUGAAAUUGACGCUCGACAACAAUUUCUUCAAAAUGAAAUUCAACACCAACGUAAACUCUCUGAGGAAAACACAGAGGAACUCAGUAAAAAAGAAGCCAUGUAUCAACAAUUACAGAAAGCCUCACUCGCUCUCACUAGACAAGUACGCAGUUUAGAUAAUGAAAAUGAUCGCAUGCGGGAUAGAAUUGAAGAACUCCACACGGCCAUUCAAAAGGCACUUUCUAGAAUACCAUCACGCUACGUGAGAAGAGAAGAAGAAAAAGAAGAAAGAGGAGGUGUAGGAGAUGUGGAU